UUUCAGCGUUUUUUUUUCAGUGUAUGAUGUCUUGUGCCGCGCAUCUGUCCUGUGCCUGCUAAGUGACUCGCACACCCGUCACCCAUGAGGCGUAAACUAUGUAAAUCCAAAUCGUUACUUUGUGACGACGACAUGGAGGAGCUAAAUGUGGCGGCGCUCUCCCAACGCAAGUCCCGCAAGGAGUCGGCGGCGCACCUCACGGAGCGCGAUGACGUCAUCUUCUUCCACGGCUACCCGCUCGUGCUGAUGCUGCGGCUCAGGGUGCUGCAGAUAGUGUGCGGCAUCGCGGCCAUGGUGAUGGGCACGGUGGCGUUCAUCGAGGAGCGGCAGAAGCUCAACAUGGGCCUCGGCAUCCCCGCCGGCGGCAUCAGCGUUAUAGCUGCCGCGAUAUCAAUCCACACGAUGCGUGGUCUGGGCCCGGUGACGAGCGGGGCGGGCGUGCGCGCGGCGGCCGCCUGCGCGUGGCUCGCGGCUGCCUGCUUCCUGCUCACGCUUAUAGUGCAGUGCUGCAAGACUAUAGUCGACCCCACUGGGCCGACUGAAGAGGAAGAACUAGAAGAAGACCUGAGGCCGUCGCCGCGCGACCUAAUAAUCAUCGCUAGCAUCCAGAUAGUUUUAUCAGCAGCGACCCUUGUCAGUGCAGCUUUUUGCUUCCGCAUAGACUUCUGGACUCGCAGUCAAGCCUGACAGGAGGCCCCGCGGCCGCUCACGCCCGCGCCCGCCCCCGCUGUCGCCGAUGCCACCGUGGUCGCACCCUGCGACAGCGUCAGAGUGGAGCGAGGGAAGGGCACCAGGGUCGCGUGGCUGAUAUAAGUGCAGUGACCUGUCACAGUGAUUACGCGAUUUUAUGACGUUGUGUAGCAUGUGGUGAAGUGUGAACAUUGGAUUGGAUUGAAGGUGGGUUAAAAAGGAUUUCUUAUGAACUGGCCAGUUAAUUCAGAAGAAAAGUUAUUUAUUGUGUAAAUAAAUAUUUUCAUAGCAGCAGGAUUGUUUAGUCUAGUCUAUCUGGUAAAUACACUACUAACUUAGAUGAUAGGAAUACGUGUUGUUGUGACUACUUGUGACUUGUGUUGUAAAUAUCAAACAGGUAAAUUGCACGUUUCAUUAAAUUAAGUACAUACCUAA